AUGAACAAAGCUGAGAACAAAGACGCCCCGCAGAACGAGCAGCCCUCGGCCAGAAGCUUUUCCACUCCCACGCUGGACAAAAAUCCGGACCAGACGUUCCGUGCUAGCCGCCUUUCGGGUACACGCUCUGUCGAGGUGGCACUGGCAGAGAUUCAGAUCAUUGAACACAAUGUCUACGUUCAGCGUAAAGAGCGCACACUGCCCGAGGAUGAAAUUUCUGUGUGCUCAUGUGUGCCACCAACGAAUGAGAAUGAGAUGAGUUGCCUUGACGACUGUCACAAUCGUGCGGCGCUGGUGGAAUGCAUACCGGGAUUUUGCAAGAGUGGGGAUCGAUGCGACAAUAUGAGGAUACAGCGUGGUGUUAUGCCAUUAACGCAACUCAUCGACUGCGGAAGAAAAGGUCUUGGAACGAAGCUGCUAGAAGAUAUUAAGGCAGGCUCGUUUGUAGCUGAAUACAUGGGUGAGAUUGUGACGGAACAGGAGUAUUAUAUGCGCCGAGUGCUUUACCACAAUGAAAAGCAUCGCUACAUGAUGGUUUUAAGUGGUGGCGAGGUCAUCGAUGCUACACGAAUGGGUGGGUGGGCCCGCUUCAUUAAUCACAGUUGCGACCCUAAUUGCCGGGUAGAGAAGUGGGAGGUGAAUGGCGAAGAGCGUUGUGCCAUUUUUGCUCGUCGCGACAUCAUUGCUGGCGAAGAGCUGACGUUCGACUACAAAUUCCAAUCUUUUAGCAAAACUGAAAUCACCGAGUGCCUUUGCGGUGCACCAAAUUGUCGAAAAGUUAUUGGAAUGAACAAUCAAGUGAGCAAACCGAGCAAAAUGCUUCAGAAAGCAGAUAUGGCAGCACCUAUUGGAACCAAAAAGUCGCUUGAUCCUGUGAUUGGACUCAAAUCAAGGCCAGUUCACGGUGCAAAGAAGGCAGAUGCUCUGAUGCAGCGAAUGGCACGACAGCGUUUACUGAGCAGCAGUGAAGUCCGUGUGCUGCGACGGUCGCGUAUAAUUCUGAAGCGCAAUUUGACGUGGCACAUGGAUGAUGACUUUGCGCAUUUGGCGCUGCUGCCAUACUUCGUCACAAAGCCCUCCUCGCAAGUGAUAAAACACAUGCCGGAGCUUAAAUAUGUGCCUGACUUUUUCAACUGGAGAGACUUACCGAACUUUCCAAAAAAAGUGCGCGUCAUCAGCCGGCAGGCGAAAAUCGCUCGAUUAAGUGAAAUUACCACGUCGCUACAAGCCAAACCAGAAAACCACUAA